UCUAUUCGCCUGCCUCUAUCUUUCUCUCCCGCCGUAACCUAGCGGCGAUCUCGCUGUUCGCUGGUCGGAUCUCCGACUAUCUAUCCCUAUCUAUUAUAGUUCCCUCUCCUCUCUCUAGCUAUCUGUAUCCAUUUCAAAAACAAAACAAAAACAAAACCAAAUCUACAGAAAAAUCGAAAAUUUUCUAGGGUUUCUGCGCUUUGCUUUGUUGGGAGUUGAAGUUUUUAUCUGGGUUUCCCUUCUAUCUAGUUAUUAAGAUUUGGAUUUUAUCAAUAAGAAGGGGAGAGGGAAGUUACAAAAGCCAAAAAAAGAGAAAAAUACCCUGAAAAGAUAAAUUUUUGUGCUAGGGUUUUGAGAUGGCGGCUCAAGUUCUUCAACCUCAGUCGGUGAAUGGCGGUGGCGCUUCUGGUGGUGGUGGCGCUCAGCAGUUUGUGCCGACGUCGUUGUAUGUCGGAGAUUUGGAGAUGAACGUGACCGAUUCACAACUGUACGAGUUGUUUAACCAACUUGGUCAGGUGGUUUCGGUUCGAGUUUGCAGGGACUUGUCUACUCGACGGUCUCUUGGAUAUGGUUAUGUCAACUAUGUCAACCCUCAAGAUGCUGCAAGGGCAAUAGAGGUGCUGAACUUCACACCUCUCAAUGGCAAGUCAAUUAGGAUAAUGUACUCUCAUCGAGAUCCUAGUGUGCGCAAAAGUGGCUCUGGAAAUAUAUUUAUCAAGAAUUUGGACAGGGCAAUUGACCAAAAAGCACUUCAUGACACCUUUUCUGCAUUUGGAAAUAUCCUCUCUUGCAAGAUUGCUACAGAUUUGACUGGUCAGUCAAAAGGCUAUGGGUUUGUGCAGUAUGACAGUGAGGAAGCUGCACAACAAGCUAUUGAGAAGCUGAAUGGCAUGCUCCUGAAUGACAAACAAGUGUAUGUUGGUCCCUUCCUGCGCAAGCAAGAAAGAGAAAUGGCUGUGGACAAGACCAGGUUUACUAAUGUCUUUGUUAAGAACCUGUCUGAAUCAACAACAGAUGAUGACUUAAACAAGGCAUUUAGUGAAUAUGGAACAAUCACUAGCGCUGUUGUAAUGAGGGAUGCAGAUGGCAACUCCAAAUGCUUUGGAUUUGUCAACUUUGAGAAUGCUGAAGAUGCUGCCAGAGCUGUCGAUGGCCUUAAUGGACAGAAGUUUGAUGAUAAGGAGUGGUAUGUUGGAAAAGCCCAGAAAAAAAACGAGAGGGAACAGGAACUCAAACAACGUUUUGAGCAGACCAUGAAGGAGGCCGUCGACAAAUCGCAAGGGCUAAACCUGUAUAUAAAAAAUUUAGAUGAUACAGUUUCUGAUGAAAACCUGAAGGACUUCUUUACUCCUUUUGGUACUAUAACUUCCUGCAAGGUCAUGAGGGAUCCUAAUGGAACAAGCAAAGGAUCAGGUUUUGUUGCAUUUUCGACUUCUGAGGAAGCUUCUAGAGCACUUUUGGAGAUGAAUGGGAAGAUGAUCGCCAGCAAGCCUCUUUAUGUUGCACUUGCCCAGCGCAAAGAAGAUAGAAGAGCAAGAUUGCAGGCACAGUUUUCACAGAUGCGCCCGAUUGCAAUGGCACCUGCUGGAGCUCCUCGCAUGCCAAUGUAUCCCCCUGGUGGUCCUGGUCUAGGACCACAAAUGUUUUAUGGUCAAGCUCAGCCUACCUUCAUCCCACCCCAACCUGGUUUUGGGUACCAGCAACAGCUUGUUCCAGGCAUGAGGCCAGGUGGAGCACCAAUGCCGAACUUUUUUAUGCCUAUGGUUCAGCAAGGUCAGCAGGGACAGCGUCCAGGUGGAAGGCGUACUGCUGUUCCUGGUCAGCAGAAUCAGCAACAGCCCGUUCCCCUUAUGCAGCAGCAGAUGCUUCCACGUGGACGUGUGUAUCGCUACCCCCCUGGUCGUAAUGUUCCUGAUGUUUCAAUGGGUGGUAUGGGUGGGGGAGGCAUGGGUUCUGUUCCAUAUGAUAUUGGCAAUGGCAUGCAGUUGCGUGAUGCUGGAAUCUCGCAGCCAAUUCCAAUUGGUGCUUUAGCUUCUGCACUUGCAAAUGCUUCUCCAACAGAGCAAAGAACGAUGUUGGGAGAAAAUCUGUACCCUCUAGUGGAACAGUUGGAAGCAGAAGCAGCUGCAAAGGUAACUGGAAUGCUUUUGGAGAUGGACCAGACAGAGGUUCUUCACUUGUUGGAGUCUCCAGAAGCUCUGAAAGCAAAGGUUGCAGAAGCCAUGGAUGUCCUGAGGAAUGUUUCUCAGCAGCAACAGGGUGGUGGUGGUAGCCCAGCUGAUCAACUGGCUGCAUUGUCAUUGAAUGACACUAUUGUUUCUUGAAAUUGUCAUCAACUUACUUGAAACUCAUGUUAGAAGAUACUACUACUGCUACUACUAGUUUGGUGGAUUGUUUCAGUUUUGGAUUUUGUUUGGGUUGGUUGCUUAGAAGACUUUCCUGGAGUGGUUGUGGUUUUUAAAUGUUAUGUUAUGUUAUGUUUGAACUCCAUUUACUUGCAUCUGUGUUUAUUUUCUUUCAAACAUCUGGAAAAUGUGGUAUUUUUUCU